ACGCAUAACCCAACAAUCGGCACUGCCUAACGAAGUGCAUGUUAAAUUUGUAGGACAAAUAUUCACAUUUUUUAACAAAAUUUUUUAGUAAACUAUGUCGGACAAUGACUUAGACGCUUUGCGCGCUCAGCGCAUGUCACAGUUGCAGUCCCAGCUCGGCGGUGCCGGCGGCAACGAUGGCGAGAAACAACAACAGCAACAGGAACAGAUGCGCGCCCAAGAGGAAAUGAAGCACUCAAUAUUGUCUCAAGUGCUUGAUCAACAGGCACGAGCCCGCUUAAACACACUCAAAGUCAGCAAGCCAGAGAAAGCUCAAAUGUUCGAGAACAUGGUCAUUAGGAUGGCACAAAUGGGCCAGGUGCGCGGGAAGCUAGACGAUGCACAAUUUGUUAGCAUAAUGGAGAGUGUGAAUGCCCAAAUGCCGCAGAGCAAAGCAACGGUUAAAUACGACAGACGACGAGCUGCCAUAGAUAGCGAUGAUGAGGACUAUGGUUGCUGAUUGGGAAGAGAAACUCUAGCUAUGCUAUUUUAAGUUGCCUCCUAAGAUCCCAUUUAUAAUGCGUUGCACUUUAUAAAUUACCUAUUAUUUUUAUUAUUAAAUUAAUUUUUAACUCAA